GUUCAAGACCUCUUAGGUGGAGAUGAAGUAGAUAGGCGGGCUGAGAUACUGGAUAAAGACAAAAAACCUAUAGAAGCUGGUUCUAAGAUUCAUGUGAAACUUCAAUAUUUUGAUGUGACAAAGGACUGUAAUUGGGGUAGGGGUAUCAGAAGACAGAAGUUUCCUGGAGUUCCAUACACAUUUUUCUCGAGAAAUGGAUGUAAGGUUUCUCUAUAUCAAGAUGCUCAUAUCCCAGACAAAUUUGUUCCAAAAAUCCCUCUUGCUGGAGGCAAGAAUUAUGAUCCUCACCGUUGUUAGGAAGACCAUUCUUAUCAACUUCCCAAAGCAUAUUAUUAUUGUCAAGGCCUUAGCUAUGGCCAUAGCAGUUGCUUUCCUCCUCCUCCUCCUCGCUUCUCCGACUGCGUAUGCAGUCAAUUAUGUUGUUGUUGACACCAGUGGCUGGAGCCAAGGUGUCGAUUACAGUACCUGGAAAAACAUUCAAUGUGGGCGACACACUUUGAGCAUGCAUGGGGUGGACGAAGUGAUCCAAAGCGACUAUAACAUCUGCGCUACAGGGGACGCUCUGAAUUCCUACAGCGACUGUAACACCACAAUUACCCUGUCGAAAGCAGGGUCGAUGUACUUCAUAUGCCCCACCACUGGUCACUGCGCCAGUGGCAUGAAGCUGGCCGGCAGUGUUGUUUCAGCCAGUGGCACACCUUCGUCUUCCUCACCACCUCCACUGUCUAAUUCAACUACUCCAUCGGGAUCAACAACACCGCCUUCCACAACACCGUCCCCCACCAAGUCGAACGCAGCCGCCCGUGCCUCUGGUUUGGUUGUUGGGUUUAUGCUUAUUUUGGGAUCUGGACUUGCAAUCAUGGGCCAGGAAAGAGGCAGUGCUGAUGCCACUUUUCUCUUUUUGUUUCAAUUUGUGUGAUAUUCUUUAAUAAAAAAUCAAAGUAGGAGACUUUUAGUAUGCAUUAUAAAUAUAUAUCAGAAAAGUGAAAAUAGGACGCAAUGCCAAAUGCCAGGUUCAAUCAAGAUUAUUUAUUAUAGGGUUCGUGAUUAUGUUCCACUUAAUAAAUGAUUUUAACUGGA